AUGGACCGACGGAAGCUCGUACUUGUGACGGGUGCCAACACUGGCCUUGGUUUUCAAAUUGCUAAAGCUAUUUGCGGCUCUGACAAAGGGUAUGAGGUCUUGGUCGGAGGUAGAUCCCUUCAAAAGGCGGAGCAUGCCGUCAAGAACCUCAAGGAACAGUUUCCUUCCAGCGAUCUUCAUGCAAUUCAACUUGAUAUUGAAGAUGAUGUCUCAAUUACCUCUGUAUUUGAAUAUAUCAAGGCCAAGUACGGGAAGCUUGAUGCCCUUAUCAACAAUGCAGGUGCCCAACUGGAUCAGCAGCUAACUGCUGGUAAGAUGUCAGCUAGAGAAAUGUGGAAUAAGACCUAUGAUGUCAACGUCACCGGAACCCAUAUCUUGACUUGGACCUUGGCCCCAUUGCUUCUUGAAUCCAGCGACCCCCGCCUCAUGUUCAUCGCCAGCGGUACAUCCUCUCUUACCGGAUCCGAGAAUCCCGAUUUUCCCGUCAAUAAGUCGCCCAGCAAAGGCUGGCCUAAAGCCUUGAAUAACUUCCAUUUGCCCGCAUAUCGAAGCAGCAAGACUGCAAUGAACAUGAUGAUGAGGGAGUGGUUCCGGCUUCUUGGGCAGGAUGGAGUCAAAGUAUGGGCCAUCAGCCCUGGAUACCUGGCAACCGGCCUCGGUGUUGGCCAAGAGCAGAACAAAACACAAGGGGCAAUUGAUCCUGCUAUCGGAGCUGCGAUUGUCCGAGAUGUCUUGGAGGGGCUAAGGGAUAAGGAGGUUGGCAAGGUUGUGUCAAAGCAAGGCGUCCAGGGUUGGUAG